UUUAAAAAUGGCGGUUUACGAAGUGUUUGCACAUCCCGAACUUCGUCGAUACAAAACUCAUAUAUGCACCAAAGCUACGCUGUUGACGUUUGUUGUUUUGUUUCUUGUGUUCAUACCACCGCUUUUUGUUGUUUACAGGAGUUAUGGAUUUUGGAAGAAGGAAGAAUAUUACAGGGAGGUUCCUACUGUUAAUUUUAAGAAGCAACUGCUUGUGAUUUUGGAACUGGAACAGGAGGGUAGCUUUAUCACAUACAGUACAUACCAAAGAUACAACCAACUGCAGCAACAGAAUUUAAGAGUGCCUCUCAUCCAGUCAAGAGAGCCAGAUGAGAAUGGUGAUGGGAAAGCAGAUGGACUGGAAUUUAAGUUGGAAAUGCCACUUCAAGACUCAGAGAAAGUGAUUGGUGUAAAACUUCUCCUCUUCUUUGAGUAUGCUUUGCAUAGAUUUUCCUCAUUCACUAUGGAGUCCUUAGCCUAUAUUAACCAUGACUCACCCAAAGCAGGAGCCCGGCUUGAUGUUUAUGGGGAACUCAAUAUAAGGCAGAAACAGCCACUAGGACACAGGGGUUCAGAUACAAGAUUCAGUGGUUCGAUAAUAGAUACAACUAGUGUUUAUGCUGAAACAUAUGAUUUGACAGAUAUCUUUAAAAAGUAUACAGAGAGAAAUGUGACAACACAACUAAAUGCCCCCUACUCUGUAUGGAAGAGUGGCCGAGGAGCAGGGCAGCCAUUUGUUAUCAACAGCAACAUAACUUAUACAGAACAAAUGAUAUUAUAUUACCCAGGAUUCUGGUACAUGAUCAAGUGGGGCUGGGUGCAGUAUGUAUCAGUGCUUCUUAUUUUCCUGUAUGUAUUUGACAGAAUCAAGAUCUUCAUUUUCCAGAAUCAGUUAGUAACUACAAUGGUGGAAAAACCAUGGAAACGGGAAAAGAUGUCAUGAUGUAUCCAGGACUAGUUAUACCAGAUUGUAGGGAUUAAAAUAGGACAUGUAGGUGAAUCUGUGGCAGCUUGUUGACAGCUGGGUAUGGGGACUUCCAGGUGUGAAGAGAUGUUUGUAUGACGUAUAAUGGUGUAUUGGAUGCAUACGAGGUGACACAAGUGAAUAUGAAAAGGCUGGAAAAAAUGUCAUAUUCCUUGUGAUGUAUUGGUUGUAAUGAAGCUAGGUUAUGUGUAAAAGAGUGAAUGCUUUAGAUAGGUACAGAAAUUAAACCUGAUGAAAGAAAGUAACACUUAGAGAUACUUGUGUUGAAAAUUUUAAGUAUUUGUUCUUUUUUGAUCAGAAUGUUCAUUUAAAUCAUGUUCCCACUGCAUUUUAUAAAAUGACAUAAGUAAUGAAUGAUGUUUAUGGAAUUGUAUGGAAUAUGACAGAGUGUGAUCAUAUUUUUUUAUUUAAAUACUUUUUAUAAAUACUUUAAUCCCAUAUUUUUCAGGGAGUCGUAAUUCUAUGGAAUAACAAUUUCUGUUCAUUCUAAAGAUAACCAUAUAUUUUAAAUGUAUUUUAAUUAUGCUGGGACAAAUUCCCAUGAAGAAUUGUGAUACAUAAUUGUAUACAGUGUAAGUGGGAAAGUAGUACUUUUACAGAAUGAAAGUAAAAUAGAAGAAUAAGUAUUUAUUUCUUUAAUCAUUUUGAAUGUCAAGUAUCAAAUAAAGUAUUUAUAAAUUUUA